AUGGACAAUGACUAUGGAAUAGAAGAACCACGUACAAAAGGCAGGUCAUCGUCCCCAACAGAUCAGCCGUAUGAGGUUUUGCGCAAGAACACUAGGAAGCGAGCGAACACCACGUCAAGUGGAAAUGGAGAAAAUAAACGAACCGCUAAUAAGGUUUGCCGUGUUUGUGGAGACAAGGCAUUCAGCUACAAUUUCAAUGUGAUCACGUGCGAAUCUUGUAAAGCAUUCUUCCGGCGAAAUGCGAACAAGGAGAAAGAAAUCCGGUGUCCAUUUAAUGAGAAGUGCGAGAUCAAUAUCGUGUCAAGAAGAUUUUGUCAAAGAUGUCGACUCGCAAAAUGCUUUAAUGUCGGAAUGAAAAAAGAAUGGAUAAUGUCGGAUGAAGCGCGCCUUGAAAAGAAGCAACGGGUUGAGGAGAACCGCGAACGCCGCUUACUGGACGCACUCAAUAGAGUUAACGACGAUUACAUUGAUAAUGAGCAGGGUGUGGAUGACGUUCAGCAACAAACGACCGGUUAUGAUUAUUGCAUGGAUGAGGGCCAAAAAUGCCAUAGUAGCGGCAGUGGCGUUGGAAACAAUCAGCAAGACAAUCAAAAUCACGUAAUGAUGCAACAUGAUGAUCAGAAAAUUGGAUAUCCGAAUUGCUCAUAUUCGAGUCACGAAUACGAAUUUUCCCCAAUGAACCCAAACUCAUCCGGAUAUCAACCGCAUUCGUCCAUGGAACUGCCGACAACGGGUGCCGCCUCAUCAGCGGAAGUUUGCUCGACAACGAACUCGAUAUCAUCAAUGAAUGUUGAUCCGUCGCGAACAAUGACGAGUAAUGGAUUUUUGCCGCCGAAGUUGUCGACGUUGCAAAUGAAUGAGACCCAAAAUAUGCUCGCGUUAUCGCCAAUGAUUGCGAAUCCGUGUAGCAUUGAGAACAGUCCGUUGAUCAAUAUACCGCCGCCUCAGGAAAUUCAAUUGCCGGCUGCGCCAGUGCCCGUCAUGGCUGUCAUGCAGAAUCAUCAACAAGUUUCAAUGCAGAAUCAAGUGCAGAACCAAGUGCAAGCGCAGGUUCAAGCUCAGGCGCAAGAGCAGGCACAAGUUCAAGCGCAAGUACAAGCUCAGGCUCAAGCUCAUGCACACGCUCAGGCGCAAGCUCAAGCGCAAGCGCAGGUCUAUCAAGCUGAAGCAAAUGCAAUUGCUGCUCAGGUGCAACAUGUUCAAGCUGCAAUCACUCAUCAACAUCAACAGUUGGCGGCUGCCGUUGUUGCACAACAAGUUGUUGCUCAAAUGGCAGUUCCGAUUGUUGGUGCUACACCAGCAGUUCCUCAAACAUCGAUUCCGGCUGUGGCGCAACAAGUCCAACAAAUUGUUCAUUCAACUAAACAAGCUCAACAAAUACCGGCUGCAAUCCAUAACGCUGCAAUACAAGCGAUACACCCAGCCCAGAUAGCACCAGUCGUUCCGAUUCAGCCAAUUGAACCUCAAAUCCAAUCCGCACCAAUUGAGCACACCGUCAUUCCAAUCUUGAGCUCGCCUAAUAUGAUGCUUGUGAAUCAACUGGGACAGACAAAAAGCGACAUGGUCACUGUGCCGAAGGAAAUGCUACUGAAACUCAUUCAGAAAAGUGCUCUGCGAACAAUGACGUGCUCAUGCACAUGCAUUUGCGGUAGAUAUCCAGCAGGGUCCAAUAUUGUUGAAGAAGUAACAAAAGACUUGCUAAAUGGUGGCGGAUCAAAUGCGCCAUGUUGUGAUAAUCAGAAAGAAGAGACCAAAUUGGAAACUGCUGAAGAUAUGCAGAGAAAUGGAUUGUUGCCCUCGGACGAAUGCAGUGUUCAAUGGUUGAAUUCGACAGCGGCAACAGUCGAUCCAACCACCAUUGAAGAAGUGAAAACUCGCGACAACAUUUUCAAUAAAAUAAUUACCGAACCAGUUGCUGUUGACAAUGAGCCCAGAGAAUUUACUAAUGAAGAGAAAGAAAAACUUGAGGAAAUCAAUGAGGUCGCAAAUCGAUGGAUCAAUGAUAGCCUCAACAUGUUCUCAUUGAGCGAUAUACUUAGUGAAGGAGGGCUUCAGUUAGUAGUCAACGGGCUCAAAAUGCUCUCGGCAUUUCGUUUUUUGGAUAGAGCUGAGAAGACGGCAUUAGUUCACAAGGGUUUAUAUUCAUAUUGCGUCGUCAAAUGGAUUCAGCACCAUGAGAGCAUCAGUCUCGAAGGAAUUAAUCCAAAAGUAACCAAUCAAUUGAAAUCACUGCUCGAAAAAGACGCUGGUAAUUUCCGUGUACAGCCGGGAAUAUUCAACACAUUUGCUGUGAUGGUUCUCUUUAAUGCUAACAAAGACUCUGAAACUGCGAUUAACGAAAAAGAAGAACUCAGCAAACUUCUUCAAAAAAUCAUUAGCACUAAUAGUCAAGGAAGAAUGGAGGAAUACCCUCAGCUCUUUGACAUUCUUCCACUUGUCUGCUCGACCGCGGAAUAUAUCGAAACAUUCUGGGGUGCACUUCGCGAUGAAUUUGUGGAUAGCGUGGUGUAA